AUGGGUAAAUCUACCUCAUGCUUCAAACUAAUCACAUGCGGCGGUGAUGCGGCGGAGAAGGAUGAUUACCAAGUAUCUGAGAUCAAUGAUUCCAAUGAUAAAUGUGGCUGGAGUUUCCGCAAGAAAUCUGCAAGGAACCGUGUGCUUAGCAAUACUGUUAUAGCAAAGGUUCCAUCUUCUGCAAAUAAGGAGACUUCAGAAUGUACUAGUUUUAAUUUUCAACCACUUCCCGAGCCUAAUGUUGUCGAGAAGAUUUACACAACAAAUUGCUCUGAUGCGAAGCCCCAGUUAUCCUCCUUUGAAAGCUCACAAAUUUCUGAAAUACAUGUCAUUGAAACUGAGAGUAAGGUGGAUGUCAGUCCACCAGAGUCUACUGUUAUCAUCAUCCAGGCUGCCAUCAGAGGGUUAUUGGCUCAGAGAGAACUGCUACUGCUUCAGAAUGUAGUGAAGUUGCAAUCUGCUGUUCGUGGGCACUUGGUCCGGAGGCAAGCCAUAGGAACUCUGCGUUGUGUUCAGGCCAUCAUGAAAAUGCAGGUCCUUUUAAGAGCUCGCCGUGCUCAGCAGUUGCGUCCGGAAAAUCAUUUAAAUUCCAAGGAUGGCAAAAAUGAUUCCUCAGAAGCUUUGGGGAAUGAAAAUCACAUGAUCAAAUCAAAUCUGAGGCACACUUCCAUUGAGAAGCUGCUUAGCAAUAGUUUUGCUCGUCAGCUGUUGGAAUCAACACCAAAGAACAAACUUAUCCAUUUCAAGUGCGAUCCUUCUAAAGCUGAUUCUGCUUGGAAAUGGUUGGAGAGGUGGAUGUCUGUAUCAUCUAAAGAUAUUGCAGAGGACAAGAAAACUAGUUCUCUGGCAGAGCAAUCAGAUGAAAGCAAAGACAGAACUUCUGUGUUUCAAUUUGAAACAGGUAUUCCAUCUGAAGUUUUUCUCGAGUCAACUAACUCAAAGCCCACUGUUGGGGAUUCGCCUCUGCUUUCUGAGGAUGAAGAGAAGGUGAUUACUUAUGAUGCUAAUAACUUCAAGUUUCAAGCAAGCUGCUCCUCAUCAUCUAUUGUAAAAGAUGACUUGGAUCAGGUUCCUCCUGAAAAGACAAUUGCAUAUGAUGCUAAAGUAGCAUCAGCAGAAACUGAUUCCUUCCAAAAUGACAAAGCAGCAUCAGAUGCAAGUGCCCCACCAGAGCUUAAUUCUUCUCAUCAGAAGCCUGAAAUUGAUGGUGAGCAGCGCAAACGAUCUUUGAAAAGAUUUGCCUCAGACCAACUAGAGGCAGAAGGAAAGAAAUCUGUAAAUGGAUCAAGAAAGGUCAGUAAUCCUGCAUUUAUUGCUGCACAGUCCAAAUUUGAAGAACUGAGUUCAAUGGAGAAUUCAGGUAGGACAAGCAGUUUGUCCCAUCAAGAUGCAGCAGUUGAAUCACAUGGAGAUACCUCUUCUGUUGGCACAGGUACUGCAUAUAGAUCAAAAGAGUUCUCCUGUGAGAAUCCUGCUCCCAAUCUUUCUAAGGUUGGUGGUUCUGAAUGUGGUACUGAACUUUCUAUUUCUUCUACUCUUGAUUCACCUGACAUAUCAGAGGUUGGCGCAAUGGAAAAUGAGCGAUAUGCCAAAGAUUUAGUAGAAGGGAAUGGUAAUCUUGAGAACACAAUAAUCCAUAACGGUGAGGCCAAUGUUCCAUGUGCCAUUCCAGCCUCUAACCUGUCUACCUCUGUUUUGGAUCAGUCUGAGAUUGUUGAUGAGAUCAGUGGAAAUAUGAUUCACUCAGUGGUAGCUGUGGACUCUGAAGAACCUGUUAUUGAGACUGAGAAAAAUGCAUCUGACCAACAUAGAGAGCAGGCAGAGGCUGUUCUGCAAGAUUUAAGAUCAUCUCCAGAAGCUUCUCCCAGAAGCCAUAUAACUAUCCCUGAAUCACAAGGAACACCUUCAAGUCAGGUAUCUACAAAACCUAAAGACAGCAAAAUGAACAAGACUGGAUCCCGCAAUAAACGUGGUGCCCUAUCAGUGGGCAGUAAAUCACCUGCUAAUACAAAUCACGAUUCAGGCUCAAGAGGCAGUAGGGAGCAACUGCCUAAAGGUCAGCGGAGUGGGAAGAGGCGCAAUUCAUUUGGCUCAGUAAAGCCUGAUCACAUUGAUCAAGAACCUAGAGAUGAUAGUAGUAACAAUAAUUCUCUUCCCCGUUUCAUGCAAGCUACAGAAUCUGCUAAGGCCAAGAUCAAUGCAAAUAACUCUCCAAAAUCAAUUCCAGAUGUGCAUGAACGAGACAUCCAAGUAAAGAAGAGACACUCCUUACCUGGUGCCACUGGUAGGCAGGUUUCUCCACGCAUCCAACAUUCAAUUUCUCAGGCGCAGCAGAAUGCUAAGGGAAACAGUGUACAUUCUCCUCAAGAGAGAAAAUGGGUGAGGUGAAUUGACAGCUGAAGGAUGCUGACAUGCUUCUACAAUAUUUGAUGAUCAGCCGUGGAGUGGCAAUUUAGAAUUUCUGAUUUCAUUUUUUUAUUUUUUUUUAUUUCUUGACUCUUUGUAUUCUUUGCCUCCCCUCUCUGCUUCUCCAAAGUUGAAGGUGCCACGUUUGGUUGUGACGUGUGACAGUAGAGUUCGUAUGGGAACAUACAUAAAUAUGUAAAAGUGAGUGAGGCUUAUGUACAUUAUUGCUCGUCAUUAUUAUUAUUAGUGUCAUACCCAGUGGGGGCGCGAUAUGUAAGUUUCAGAGUUGCAUAUGAGAUAUCUUAAUGUUUGUUAUAGAUAUUUUGCUUGAUUGAGAAAA